CCAGUUACUGCAACGACUCUUAGCUGUCAGUUCAAGUAACGAAGUUCAUAUCUUUGUCUUUUCCCUUCCUUCUUGCUUUGUUCUAUCAACAAACAUGCGUGAGUGCAUCUCCAUCCACGUGGGUCAGGCUGGUGUGCAGAUCGGCAAUGCAUGCUGGGAGCUCUACUGCCUGGAACAUGGGAUCCAGCCAGAUGGGCAGAUGCCCAGUGACAAGACCAUUGGAGGAGGCGACGACUCCUUCAACACCUUCUUCAGUGAGACUGGAGCUGGAAAGCACGUCCCAAGGGCUGUCUUUGUAGAUCUGGAGCCCACAGUCAUAGAUGAGGUUCGCACUGGGACCUACCGGCAGCUUUUCCACCCUGAGCAGCUGAUCACUGGUAAAGAAGAUGCUGCCAACAACUACGCCCGUGGGCACUACACCAUUGGCAAGGAGAUCAUCGACCUGGUGCUGGACAGGAUCCGCAAGCUGGCUGACCAGUGCACAGGUCUGCAGGGCUUCCUGGUGUUCCACAGCUUUGGAGGUGGUACCGGUUCCGGUUUCACCUCCUUGCUGAUGGAGCGGCUGUCCGUUGACUACGGCAAGAAGUCCAAGCUGGAGUUCUCCAUCUACCCGGCUCCUCAGGUGUCCACAGCAGUGGUGGAGCCCUACAACUCUAUCUUGACCACGCACACCACCUUGGAGCACUCCGAUUGUGCCUUCAUGGUUGACAAUGAGGCCAUUUAUGACAUCUGCCGUAGAAACCUUGAUAUCGAGCGCCCCACGUACACCAACCUCAACAGGCUUAUCAGCCAAAUUGUAUCCUCCAUCACAGCCUCCCUUCGGUUUGAUGGUGCCCUCAAUGUUGAUCUGACGGAAUUCCAGACAAACUUGGUGCCCUACCCUCGUAUCCAUUUCCCCCUAGCUACCUAUGCCCCAGUUAUCUCUGCAGAGAAGGCUUACCAUGAGCAGCUUUCUGUGGCUGAGAUCACCAAUGCGUGCUUUGAGCCGGCCAAUCAGAUGGUGAAAUGUGACCCUCGUCACGGCAAGUACAUGGCGUGCUGCCUGCUGUACCGCGGUGACGUGGUGCCCAAAGAUGUGAACGCUGCCAUAGCCACCAUCAAGACGAAGCGCACCAUCCAGUUUGUGGACUGGUGUCCCACUGGUUUCAAGGUUGGCAUUAACUACCAGCCCCCUACUGUGGUUCCAGGUGGAGACCUGGCCAAGGUUCAGAGGGCUGUGUGCAUGCUGAGCAACACGACCGCCAUCGCAGAGGCCUGGGCUCGCCUGGACCACAAGUUUGAUCUGAUGUAUGCCAAGCGAGCCUUUGUGCACUGGUAUGUGGGUGAGGGUAUGGAGGAGGGUGAGUUCUCUGAGGCCAGAGAAGACAUGGCUGCCCUGGAGAAGGAUUAUGAAGAAGUGGGUGUUGACUCCAUUGAGGGUGAAGGAGAGGAAGAGGGAGAAGAGUACUAAAAUGUUGGUCAUUUCUUGUAAGUCAUCCUAGCCUGUUUCAGAAUUCUUAGUGAAGUCAUCUCAUUUCAUAAAUUAUGAAGUGUAGUCUAGGAAAUGGUUUAGUGGUACAGUUAGGUGGUUUGAUUUGUUUGACCAGAGGUGCUAGUCUACAAUGUGUUGUGCUUUGGUACUUAUUUUUUACAUUUGUCACAUCUGCUAAUGUGUAAAAUUGUCCAAAACAAUCUGUCUGCAAAAUAUGGAUGGAAUUCUUAGUGUCAAAGAAGUCACUAAAGUGAAUCUGAACAGCAAGAUUAAAUUCCAUAAUCACCAACAAAAACAACUGAAAAUAGUCUUCUAGCUGUCCUA